AUUAGUGUGAUAUUUGGUGUGCCCUUGGAGUAUGUUGGUGUGUAUUGCAGUGGACUCAAGUCAAGUGUUUAUUUUCAGCUAAAAUCUCAGAGAGAUCAUCCCACAGUCAAACCUCUGAAAAUCCCCAAACUUUUAAAACCCUACCAAACAAAAUUGAAACCAUGCAAAUCAACAUUGUCGAUCACGAGCUUAGUUCCGAUACCCAUAACCUCUACGACGUCCAGAUCGGGCUGCAGACCACCGUCCGAACACUAGUGACCACCUCCCCUUCCAUGGUUGACUCCUGGAUCGAGGACAUCGAGCGGAUCCACAAUCGCAGGCUCCGCCGUCUCAUCGUUGGCCUCGACGUCGAGUGGCGACCAUCCUUUAAUCGCUACAUCGAGAAUCCGGUCGCCAUAAUACAGCUCUGCGUCGGUCACCGUUGCCUUAUCUUUCAGCUCCUCCACGCCGAGUCCAUUCCGAGUUCUCUGGCCGAGUUCCUUGGAAACUCUGAUUACAGCUUCGUCGGCGUCGGUGUUGGGGCCGAUGUAGAGAAGCUACUCUUGGACUACCAACUAUCCGUACGGAACCCAGUUGAAUUAGGAGAUCUAGCGGCGCGUAAGCACGAUGAUCGGAGUCUGAAGAAUGCGGGGCUGAAAAGGUUAGCAAUGUUCGUGCUGGGAAUGGAGAUCGACAAGCCGAAGAGGAUCACCAUGAGUAGGUGGGAUAAUCGGUAUCUGAAUUCUUCUCAAGUUCAGUACGCAUGCGUUGAUGCGUACGUUUCGUUUGAAAUUGGUAAAGUGUUAAUGACUGAGGCUGGGGCUGUGGCUUAGUAUUUCGUUUAUGGGUUUUGUUUUUAGUGAUCGAAUGUAAAUAGUUUUGUUUAUCUGAGUGUGUUUUACAUUUAACAGUAUGCAAGCUCUGUUAAAAUUCCUCAAAAUGUUUACAGGAUUGUGCUUGAAGUUAAUUUUCUUUUCAUGAAAAUGAUAGAUCUUGGUAUUCAAA